AUGUUUCAACGGACAGGCGGAUUUUCAGGAUCAAGAGCACCAUAUGUGCCUAAUGUUGCAGCAUCACGAGGAGUCUAUCGAUCGGCAUAUGCCCGACCAGCAAGUCGAUAUGCCGUCCGACCAGCUGUUCGACCAGUAGUACCAGCUGGACGUGCACCUGGCGGCGCUGGUCUUCUUGCAGCCAUUCUCGGACCUAUUGGUGGUUUAACUGGAUGUUUAUGCUGUCUUAACACCAUCGGAGUUUGGGGCUUAUUCAUUACGGCUAUUCCAUUGACUGUCUUUAUCAGUCGAUGGUAUCGUGCUUACAAGAACCGUACUAACAGUGGUGCUGAAGAACUUCUUGCUCCACAUAUGCUUCUUCUAUUAGUGCUCGUAUGCUCGUUCUUGUUCACGUUCAUGCGCCGCUCAUAG